UUAUUUUCAGGUGGGUCAGAGUCACAGCGUGCACAGGUUCACGGUUGACCUCUCGAGGAACGGCACAGCGGGAGACCCCUUUCUAAGCAACUCAAGUUUGCGGUGAUUCAGUCCAGGCCUUCUGAGGAGACAGCCUCUUACCUUAAUGAGUGACACAGAAUUAGCAGAGUCUCCGUCGGAUGAUCAGGACUAUGGUGAUCCAAGGACCUAUGACCCAGAUUUCCAGGGACCCACUUCGGACAGGAGUUGUACGGAUCUUCUGUGCUGUGUGAUCUUCACACUGUUUGUUAUGGGCUACAUUCUGUUAGGACUCGUGGCUUGGAUACAUGGUGACCCCAGGAGAGUGGCCUAUCCUACAGACAGCCAGGGACACUUUUGUGGCCAGAAGGGAACCCCCAACGAGAACAAGACCAUCUUGUUUUACUUCAACCUGUUCCGGUGCACCAGCCCAUCCAUGAUGCUGAAGCUACAGUGCCCCACUACGCAGAUCUGCGUCUCCAGGUGCCCGGAGAAAUUCCUAACCUACUUGGAAAUGCGGUUUUUGAACAAAAAAGACAAAACCCAGUGGGAAUACUAUCGCCAGUUCUGCAAGGCCACGGCCAGUCCUGCAAAGUCUCUCUCAGAUCUUCUGUCCCGCGGCGACUGUCCCCCAGCAGUCUAUCCAAGCAGACCUUUCCUGCAGAGGUGCCUGCCCGACUUCUCAACCAUCAACAGGACUUUAAUAGUAGGAAGUAGGAUGCAAUUUGACGACGGAAGCGGGAAGAGCAGAAACAUCAUAGAGCUCAGGGAGGCUGCGAACGGCAUUGGUAAAAUCCUUGAUGCCAGGACAAUCGGGCUGAAGGUGUUUGAAGACUAUACGACUACGUGGAAAUGGAUUCUCAUUGGCCUGACCGUUGCCAUGGCACUGAGUUGGAUUUUUUUGAUGCUCCUGAGGUUCACAGCCGGAUUCCUCUUCUGGGUCUUCAUGUUUGGUGUGCUUGGAAUUAUAGGAUAUGGAAUAUGGUACUGUUAUGUGGAAUACAUUGGCCUUCAGCACAAACCACAGUCAGCCAUCAUGAUAUACGACAUUGGGAUUCAGACUGCCAUCAACAUGAUCUUUCACUUGAAACAGACUUGGUUCUCAAUGAUGAUCAUCUUGUGCGUCAUUGAAGCCAUCAUCAUCAUUGUGCUGAUCUUCCUCAGGAGGCGGAUCCGGGUGGCCAUCAUCCUGCUCAAGGAAGGAAGCAAAGCCAUUGGCUACAUCCCCAGCACGUUAGUCUACCCCGUGGUAACUUUCGUCUUGCUGUCAAUCUGCAUUUCCUACUGGGCUGUGACAGCCAUUUUCCUGGCUACAUCAGGGGUGCCAAUAUUCAAAGUCAUGGUCCCGGAAGGGGGAUGUAUACACGAAGACGAAACUUGCGACCCAGAGGUUUUUCCUGAGACUCACAUUCCCGUAGUCUGCCCUGGGGCGUCAUGCAACUUCGCUUUCUACGGUGCGAGGAGCGUGUAUCAUGAGUACAUCAUCGUCUUCCAGAUCUACAACCUCUUUGCCUUUCUCUGGCUCGUAAACUUUGUCAUAGCCUUGGGCCAGUGCACCCUCGCCGGCGCCUUCGCCUCUUACUACUGGGCCAUGAGAAAACCCGAGGACAUCCCCAGGUACCCACUCUUCUUGGCGUUCGGACGAGCAGUGCGGUACCACACGGGGUCUCUAGCCUUUGGAUCUCUGAUCCUCGCAUCAGUCCAGAUGUUUAAAGUGAUCAUAGAGUACCUGGACAGUCGACUUAAAAAGGCACAGAACAGUGUUGCCCGGUUCCUACAGUGUUGCCUACGGUGCUGUUUCUGGUGUUUGGAAAAGAUGGUGAAGUUUUUAAACAGAAAUGCCUAUAUCAUGAUUGCAUUAUACGGUAAAAACUUCUGUGCAUCGACACGAGACGCUUUCUAUCUGCUUAUGAGAAACAUUUUGAAGGUCGCAGUUACAGAUGAAGUCACGCACUUCAUACUGCUCCUGGGGAAAAUCCUGGUCUCCGGGAUUGUAGGUGUCCUGGCCUUCCUACUCUUCACAGAGAGACUGCAAGAGAUUGUAGAAGGACCAACAACCUUAAAUUACUACUGGGUACCUUUUCUGACUCUUGUGCUCGGAUCUUACCUGAUUGCUCAUGGGUUCUUCAGUGUCUAUUCGAUGUGCGUUGAAACCAUUUUCAUCUGCUUCUACCUGUAUCCCUGUGACUUCGCCCUGCAGAAGGUUUUUGAAUUCAGCUUUCAGUGGAGGAAGAAAGCCGGUGGGUCCGUUCAGAUUUCACUCUAAGGCAAUAGACCAGUGGCCUCUUCUAUCAGUGGAAGACCUGGAAAGGAACGAGGGCUCUCCUUCCAAACCCUAUUACGUGACCCCGGCCCUAAAGGACCUCUUGAUGGAGCCAGGCGAGGAGAAGAAGAAUAAGAAGCGGUAGGAGAGCCAGGUGGGCAUCCGGCCGCCUGUGUCACCUCCUGCUCCGCGGUGUGGGUCCAGCACUCCUGCCACAGUGCUUUGGUUGGGGACAUUACGUAUCCACAGCCUCGCUGCUGCUUGGCGUUCGCGGCUCAUAUCAAAGCCCACAAUGUAACCCGUGAAGCCAUCAGAAGGCGCAAGGGGAUUGUUAAUAACAUGCAACAUUUUUAUACUAAGAUCUUUCGGCUUGUAUUUUCUCUUUUUGUUUGUUUGUUUGUUUUGUUUUUACAUAAAGUGGCUUGGACGUUUUGAAAACUAUACUGAAUACAUUCCUAUUCUUUUUUAGCAUUAACUCAAUGAAGGACUGUGAUUUAAAUCAAUAGCUCCUAAUGUAUGUUUUGUUUGUUUUGUUUUGUUUUUUGAGAUGACAAUUAAAAGGCUUCUGCAGAGAAAAUUGAUAAUUAAAGCAAGGCCCCUGUCCCCCCACUCCUGUCUGAUAGCCAACCGGUUAAGCGGGCUGCCCGCCUUGGCUUUUGCCUGUCUAAGCCGAGAAUGCCUCCUGUGAGAGCUGUCCAGCCCUGAGCACUCAGUAGCUCUCUCACAAGUGCCUUCCUGGCUGGCCAGCACUUCCCGCGUCUUGUGGGAAAGUGUGGAGACCUUGUCUGAAGAAACCACACCCUGCAACAUCGAGGGACGAAAAGUCUCCUCACGUUUUUCAUUUGUUUGUUUUUGUUUGUUUGUUUGUUUUUUCAGUUUGUUUUGUUCUGUUUUGUUUCCAUCUUGCUCUGUGACCGGACGCCUCUGAUCAUUUAACUACCCCUGACAACCCUCCACACCAGAGGAGUGUGUGACACCAACAAUUCCCCUUGCGCCUCGUGGGCGUUCACAAAUGUGUGCUACCCCCAAGCAAAGCAGCCCCCUGAGAGAAACGCCUGCUGGGUUUGUCUUUGCUUUUACUAGAAGACGUUUUUUAAAGUGUAACCAUUUUCUAUAACUAGUUCCUUAAAAAUACAGUCGGCCAGCAUCUACACAUCCCAUGUCUUGUGGGAGUCACACAGGGAAACUUUUCCCCCCUCAGAGGGUGGCAACAGGUGCGCCCUGUGCUGAAAACAAAAACAAAAACAAGAAAAACCUCUGUAACUCAUGACUCCAACAUGGGAGCCUGCUCUGUAUACAUCAUUCUGCUGACAACGUUUUUAUAUGAAACAACUUGUUUACCUGUUGGCUUUUUUAUAUUAUUAUUGUGCCAGCAGAAACAAGAACUGUUUUUGAUUCAGUGUUAAAUAAUUUUGUGAGGAUGGCUAAGCUGGAAAACUGACUGAGUUUUUACCAACUCAGACUCAGAGCAAGUCAGCCCCAAGGUGGAGAUUAAAUGAGUCAAUCAUUCGUAACUUACUAUCCGUUUGUCAGUGAUCUGUUUGUUGGAGGGUCACUUUAGAUACUUUUAUACCAAAAAGUUCCCACUAGCGCCUUGCGGUGUGGGCUCUUCCCCCCUCCCGCCCCACGCCUGGUGGUUUGGGCUCUCCUGAGCCCAUGGCGGCAUGGGUUAUGUAGUCACUGUGUCUCUGCUAUGCAGGAACACUGAAAGUGUAUGGUCUAAAUACCUUUGGUAGUUACAAUGGUUAAUAUUUAAUGGCAUUUGUUGUUGCUCAUUGUAUAUUUGGUUUUUUUCUUCUAAUAAAGAUUUUGAUAACAGA